GAGUUUCUAUUUUAUUUUUCAAAGGAAAAACAAGGAGCAGCACCCUUUCCCCCUUCCUGUGCUUUUUCUUUAUCUACAUCACUAAUAUAUCAACACAUACAUUAUCACAAGGGCACGAAUAGUAAUGAACACGCCAAUGUCGCCGACACACGGCUUUCCCUCCACCAACGCACCACUAACGCCCUUGCAAAGGUCGUCGCUGAAGGCGGACCCGCACCCACACGCAUUCACAGAAGACGAUUUGCACGACAUCCACGCAAAGCUGCGGGCACGCGACCCGCCACAGCAAACAGACCUGGACCACGAUCUCCUGCGCAGCACGUACUACGGGCGACGCCUCUACCCGACGUUCGACCCGUCACAUCUGCACGCCUGCCCGAUGCGGUUCAUCCGGCAAUUCGAAUACACGGCGCAGCACAACAACCUGCCGGUGAAGGCAUGGGCCAAACGGCUAAACGCCUGUCUGCACGGGGCGGCAGCCGACUGGGCGUUCGACGAGCAGCCGCUGGAAGUCCCGGUGAUGGCGUGGGAGAAGCGCAAAAGGCAGUUCCUCGACUGGGCGCUAUUGCCGGCGGAGCAGGAGGUGAGGAGGCAGAGGCUGAUUAGGUUUUUCCAGACCGAAGGGGAUCUUAGCAGCGACUUUGCCAAGGCAUUCGAGGAGCAUGCGGUGGGGCUGAGGGAUUACCGCGAGGACGUGUGGGUCAGGAAAUGCGUGGCGAAUAUGCGGCCGGCGGUGAGGACGGCGCUGGCCGAGAUGUUCCCCGAGGCGAUGCCGGCCAGAUUCAGGGACCUGCGCGACGCAUUGUAUGCGGCCGACUGGGACCUGUAUGAGGUGGCCAGUGCGCCAUUAAAGGUCGCCCGGGAGCCAAGCCGCAGCAGCAUGUGCUCGGACCUGCGUCUCUCGGGAGCGCUGACGCCCAGCAAUAUGCGCGUGCGCCGCCAGACCAGCUCGCCAAGCUCGUCGGCCAGCCUGGGCGUGGCCGAACUAAUCCGCAUGCUGGCAAGGCUCUCGGAAAAGGAGCGCGCCUUGAUCAUGGUAGCGCUGGAGCGCAUGUCGUUUAUUGACGAGGCCAGCGAGCAGCGCAGCCGGCAUCUGACCACCCCGCGGCCAUCGACAUCGCCCAGGCAGUCCAUUUCCAAUCGCCACAACAGCGCCGAAAGUAGCCUAAAGUACGGCGACCUGGAGCUCGCCAGCCCGGGACUGCGUGGCCGCUCGAAUGUGUCGCGUGCGGCCACGCAGAUUAGGCUGCGGACAAGGCCGAUGACGUCGAUGGAGUCGCGGCCGAGCCGGGUGGUUGCCAGUAGCCAGGAAAAGAUUGCCAGGCAGGUGAGCACCCGGCGCAGCGACUCGGCACUGACGUCGCGGUCGGUUCACGUGGAAGAUGAGUUUUGCCGCGAGUCGGCAGACGUAGAUAUAAAGUCACCGGAAUUCACCGUGCUGCAGCAGAAUGUCGCGCCCAGUGCGCGGCGCGAACGGUUUCGGUUCAUCCGCAAGAUUUCUAAUAUCCUCACGCAUCAGUAGCAACAAUAAAGCACAUGGUUUCUGUGACAUCUCCUUGAUGGACUGCCAGGCCAGCAUUAAGAUGAUUUUUUUUGGCUUUGGUGGUUCGGCUCUCAUCGAUCAAGAAAUUUUUUUCUACCUUUUCCAUCAACAUCAU